CGAGCAUAGCUGAGGUGGCCGCUGCCGCUGACCUCUGCCUCAAAUGCGAUGUAUUUCUCUUCAAUGAAGUCCUAGGAGACAGUGGCCUGUAGUUUUGCUUGCGCUCUGCUGUACGUUGUCGAUGGCCGCAUCGCGACCUAACAAAGACGAUGGAGAGUGGAUUAUUUACAAAGGCGACAUACCAAUCGAUGAUUUUCUGGAGAGAAACCGACCAACACAGAUCGAGUGUUCCCAGUAUUCGUGGAUCAGUGUACGCCAUUCUGACUUCUCAAAGAUGAAAUCUCUCGAUAGGGCUUCUUUGUUUAAAGAAUGGGAAUGUAACAUGGAAAACUUUGGCAAGAUUACCUCAGAUUAUAUUCGACAGUUGGCCGAGGAAUACGAUUACAAAACAGGAAAAUGGCUGAUCUACUCAAAGUGGUAGGGAAAGAACCGACACGAUUUUAAUAACUGCAAGUAUUUAAGCCAAUGAAUGAAUCUUAGUUUCUCCUAUCAGGCCUUUCAAUGAGUUUGAGAAAAGGAAGGAAAUAAUAAUUAAUAGGCGGCCAAACUGGGAAAUGUUGGCAAUUCAAAUUUUUCGAUCGUGUGAUAAUUAUCGAUCGAUUUUUCACAAGCACCUAUUUGAAAGGAGGUAAAUAUAUUAAGGCACCUGUCGGCCGAGUAUCAACGGAUACUAUCGGUUGACAUGUCGACCGAGAGUUGGUCGAUAAUCAAUGGACAUGUCGACCGAUAGUCGACCGAUAGUCGGCCGACUGUCGGUCGCCUCGUUGUUCAACCGACAUGUAAACCGAAAGUAUCGACCAAUUCUUGACUGACAGGUGAUAGAUACCCUAAAUACUCAUGAUCCAACUAGUCAACGGAUUUGGCUGGUUACUGGCUUUCAUUGAUAGCCCUGUGAUUCUGCCAAUAUGAGUACCUGUAAUAUUUUAUGUAAACAGUUAGGGAUCAACCUUGAAUAGAACGAAACGUGACCUUAGUAAAUGGACCCUUCAUAAAUCAGUUAAGGGGGUAAGUUUCUAAAGAGACUAUAACGGGGUAAUUCAAUAUUAUCAAUAAUGAACUGAGUUGAUAACGUAAAUUGGCCACCGUAAAGAGUUCAAACGCUGUCGUUUCGAACGUUAACCCUUCGUCAGAGCGAUUGGAGGAAUUGUGGGUGGUGUGUUUGUUUACUGUGAUGGAAAAUCCAUUUUUUAUCAACUUACGAUGGCUGCUGUUCACUGUAGGCCUCAGCCUCCAAGGAUUGUUGCGAUAGAUCUCUAACGUUAUGUAGAUAUCUGGCUUGUAGGUCAUUCGUCCAGUGACACAAACCCCACAAUUCCUUCAAUCGCUCUUAUGAAGGGCUAACGCUCGAAACGUCAGCUUUUAAACUCUUUACGGUGUUCAACUUACGCUAUCAACUCAGUUGAUAAUAACUAAUUACCCCGUUAUAUUUCAGUGCUACCUUAAAAGAGCCUUGUAGCAUGACUUUUUCAAACGGUUCUUUUUCCAUCAAUUUAUGAUAGGCCAGCGAUUGAUAACGUAUGGAAGCGCGUCGCAAAAGCAGUCGUUGCUGGUAAGCUUGGUUAUUCCGCAAAGGUCAGCACACAUGACCCUGAGGAAAACGCACAUGUGAUCUGCGUGUACACUGAGGAUUUUACCAAUGAGGACCACGUGAGAAAAGUCGAGGAAAACCUCCGAAAAGAAGGGAUCACUGGACGAAUGACCUACAAGCCAGAUAUCUACACAACGUUGGGAAUCUAUCGCAAAAAUCCUUGGGGGCUGAGGCCUACAGUGUACAGCAGCCAUCGUUAGUUGAUAAUGAAGAAUGUCUACAGUCAUACAAACUUUAAAGGAGACCUUACUGCCUUUGAACUGACGAAGAUAUCUUUUCUUGUGGAGAUUCCUUAGAACAAAAGGGAAACAAGAACCAAAAUGAAUUAAAACUAGAGACAAGUAGAAGCAAUUUCCUGAUAGGCGCCAUUUUGGAUCGUAUGACGUCAUACGGGUACCACUAUAUAUAUUCACCAAACAAAAGCUCUUUCGUUUAGAAAUCAACUACAAAGCGUCACCUGAUCCAAUAUGGCGGCGUGCACAAAAUUCCAGUUUCAAAAUAGCCAAUAUAUGUUUCGAUUUUUUCCCUCAUUAAAUACACCAUUCCACUUUAAGGCAACAAAUUUUAACGUAAGUAAAUAAUUUUUCGUACUUUGCAAAAAUCAGGGGCUCCUGAGACAGUUUGUUACAGCGGUGAAGUUGUUCCUCAUAAAAAAAAUGUGUGCUGGUUUGGUUCGAAAUGAAGAAACAAAUUCUUUCAGCCAUGCUCAUUGAGCCUUUCGUUUCGCGUCACCACCAUUUCUUGAUAGCCUAUCCCAGACUUUCAGUCCGAGGUGACGAGUGGUUUUCGAGGCAUCGGCCCUCUAUUAUUUUUUUUUUACCAGUCACACCCCUGAAGUUGAGGCUUUAAAAGUUAAAAACAAAUAAAGAGG